UUAAGAAGUGGAAUGAAGAAAUUAAUAAUGCUGAAAUAUUAAUUGAAAGUUCAGACAAUAUUGAUGUUGUCCUUGCUGCAAAGCUUCGUUUACUACCGAUGUUAGUUUCUCCACGAGGAAGAACAUCGUCAACAUCAAAAACAUCAGUUGAAAAAUGUGAAACUAGUAUAAUACUUCUAGUCAAGGAUUUUGCAGAAAUUGAUGAUGCAUAUAAAGAACGAGCAGCUGAGCUCAAAAAAUUAAACAAACCAUUGUCAGCAAUGUUAAUUAUCGUGGGAGAAAAUUGGAAAAACAUAAAUGGAGUUCACAUUUGUAUCAACCAUGUUCGCUGGCAAAUAAAGAAUUUAAUUGCUGCUUUUGACACCUUGUUUAAAACAUUUUAUGUUUUGGAAACAUUAUUCCCAAAAGAAAGCUCAGUCUUGUAGGGAAUAGUACCAAAAUAUAUAUUUAUAAAAUGGAAUCACCGACAGUAGAUCCCGGAGCUGCUGGCAUACUUGUCGAUAUAAAAAGAAUUUCCCACAAAAAUUUUAUUAAUGAACAACAGUUACAAGAAAGACAAGUAAAUAUUAUUAUUCAUUCUGAUGAUGACGAUAA